CACGAUACACAGUAGAAAAAUAAAAUAUUUUAAUAAGUGACAAACUAAAUAAAAAUAAUGGAUUACUAUAAUACCGUUAAAUUAUUAGGCAGAGGAGCUUUCGGAACCAUCCAUUUAUGUGAGAUAAUCCACAACAAACAAAAAUUGGUGCUAAAACAAAUAACCUUAGAACUAGGUGGACCCCAGCUGCAGGCGGCUAAGAACGAAGUAGCGAUAUUGAAAUCGUUAAAUCAUCCCAACAUUAUUCGGUAUUGUGAUAGUUACGAUAGAAAAGGGAUAUUUUAUAUUGUGAUGGAAUACGCCAGCAAGGGAACCUUGCAGCAGCUGAUUGAAAAGGAACGACCAAAUGCUUUUGCACCACAGUACGUUAUGGAUUUUUUCUGUCAAAUUCUAAUGGGACUGGAUCAUAUACACCAACAAAAAGUGAUUCACAGAGAUCUGAAAACCGAAAAUAUAUUUCUAACAGGCCUACGUGGCGAUGUCGUCAAAAUUGGUGACUUUGGCAUUUCUAAAGCCCUGAUCAAUGAAAACAAAGCCAAUACUAUAAUCGGAACUUGUAAUUACUUGGCUCCGGAGCUCUGCAACGGGGAACCCUAUAACGCUAAAUCUGACAUUUGGGCCUUGGGAUGCAUUUUGUACGAGAUGUGUGCUAUGGAGAAAAUGUUUUCAGGAACGGUGUCAAACGUAGUUCUGUCCAUAGCCAGUGGUCGCAAAAAACGUGUAAACACAAAAGUUUAUGGUAAACAAAUGCAAGAAAUCAUCGAUAUGAUGCUACAAACCGAUCCCAAUAACAGGCCCGAUACACGAGACUUAAUGACAGAUCCUGAUAUUUUUUCCACAAUGUAUUCUUUGGGUGGAUUUUUAGGAUGCAUAGAGAACGAAUAACUCAGAACAAAACCUUUUAUUUUAUAAGUAUUUAUGACAAAUUUUUAAGGAUUUUUUAUUUGUAUUAUAUAAUAUGUAUAUUGACUGUGAAUUUUGU